AUGGCGCAAGUGUGUAUGUUGGCGCGCAUGUUGUAUGUAGGUGUGCAGGCUGGUCGAAUGUCGUAUGAAUUAGUUUUGUGUGCAGGAGACUUGCUAGCGGUUAAUAGAGCCAGAUUAACCGACCAGCAAGCAGGGCGCGAUAACUCUUCCGACCGACCCGUGUUUUACGACCCGGAAAUAAAAAGUUGUGAAAAGGCGAGUCCCGGCCAGAAGCGAGACUACCUAGGCUGGCGGCGGCGGUUGUUGAUUUUCGACCGAAGGAAGGAUUCCGCCGCGCGGAAAAAGUUCCCAAUUGGCGCUCAACGUGACAGGUAUGGCAGUGACCGAAAUGAAAUUCCUAAUUCCAAAUUUUUAGGUGGCAGGCACGAUAAGAGCCGUAACGAAACUUUCCCAAAUUUUUUAGGUGACAGGGCUGGUCCUACUGAAAAUAUUUUAGAUUUUAAGUAUCAGGUAGGUCAACAGUUGGUCCGACAUCAUGAGCUGUUAAAACCAGACAAGUUUGAUGGCCCUGGGUGUCUCAAAACUUUUCUUAAGAAGUUCGAGAUAUGUGCAAUGUAUAACCGAUGGAGUAUGGACAACAUGGAAGCGUAUCUGUCAUGUUCGUUGACAGGUGAAGCUGCUAAAGUUCUUUGGGACUUAGCAGAACUAGGUUAUCAAGAAUUAGUAACAAAGCUAGAAAACCGUUAUGGAACUAGUGGUCACGAAGAGUCGUAUAGAUAUGAGUUGCAGACUCUUCGACGCAAACCAGAGAUUUUUUUAUUUGCUCUUAAUGACGCUGAUUUAGAACUGAAAGUUAGGAACAUGCAGGAUACAACAGAAAACAAGAUGAAGGCAGUGGAGCGACAAAUGAACGCGCUUCAUCAAUCGGUUGACUUCAUUCAUAGCCAUAAGGUACAGUCAGCUGUUCCUCGGAUCCGGGGUGACAAGAUUUGUUUUGACUCUGUAAAACCAGGAGUCUUCAUCUCCCAAUGCUCUCAAAAAAAUAUACCAAACAAGUUUCAGUCAAGCAAUCAAAAGGGUCGGAAUAAUUGUUACAGAUGCGAAAAAUCAGGCCAUUUCAAAAGGGAAUUUCCAGAGAAAGAAAAGUCGAAUAAACAAUCAAAACGCGUGAACAAAUCUAAUGAAAAUGAUGACCAAACUUUAUAUCUGCCAAUUUCGGGUCACACCUACCAAAAGAUCGCUGAAGGCUGUGAACAAUACAGAGAUUCCAAUAAAGAGGAAAAUGAGGCUAUGGAUAAAGAAGUUAUCUUGGGUUUAGAUUGGCUAGUAAAUAAUAAAGUCUCAUGGAAGUUUGGCAAAGCACAAAUUACCAUUGGUAACAAAAAUAUAAUAAUGAAGUUGAUCACUAAAAGAUUGUCAGAGAGGCGAUUGUGCCGAAUCUACUCCAAUGUAGAAGUGCAACUUCCAGCACGAGCUGAAAUAGAUGUACCAACAAAAUUGGUGGUACGCCAGCCAUCCAAAUUAACAUUGACAGAUUGUGUAUGUUCUGAAGCAAAGCAAGUGACGUCAGUGGAUCUGGUGUAUCGAUUGCCUAACGAAUCCAGCCUAGGUGAGGCUUACCCUGAAUUUGUGAAACAAGUGCUCAACCGGUCAUUAGUAGCUCAUCAAUUGGCGCAGGAAAGACUAAAGACAGUGCCACUUUAUAAAAAGUCAUUGUCCGAUUCUAAGGUCAAAGUUUUGACUCUACAACCGAGAGACAAGAUAUGGUACCUGUACCCAAGAUCUUGA